AGUAUACUGGCAACCUCACCUGGCAACCUCACCUGCAAUGCAGCCAUCUUGAUGUUCCUGUGUAUUGCGAGUACUCUCUUUGGAAACGACAAUUGUGUUUUUCGCUUCUUUAGCAAAUACUGAUUUCAUAAGUAUUCUGGUUUUCAGAUUGAAAUAUUCAUUUAACAGUGGUCGUGCGGAAGAACUACCAAAGAAAAGAAAAAAAAAAGGCAAAAGAGUUUUUGAAGUGAAAAAUAUCAGCCACUGAGAUAAUUUCUUACCGAACCGGAACUGAAUAAGAUGGGAUCGUCAAAGAUCGAGUACGUCGAAUCGUCGCAUAUGUACGCUACUAAUUACAUUCGUAAUUCAAAAGCUAUCGGCGUACUUUGGGGAAUUUUCACCAUAUGCUACGCUAUUAUUGGAGUUGUGGCCUUUGUGACUCCUGAAUGGCUCGGUGAUUUGGAGCAUGAAAAUCCGGGGAGAUUUGGCCUAUGGACUAGGUGCAGCUAUGGUGGAAAUGGUGAACUUGGAGAGGAAUGUAUCGGCAGUUUGGAUGAUUUGUCUUCCAUAGCAAGCGUACCCUUCAGAGCUAGCACAAUUCUAGUUGGGGUGGCAGUGAUUAUUGCACUUCUGUCGAUAUGCGCGAUGCUAUUAUUCUUCUUCUGCCAAAGUACGACCGUAUUUUACAUCUGUGCCUGGAUGCAGGUAGUUUCUGCGGUGGCUAUGGCAAUCGGAGUGGCGGUUUAUCCUCUGGGAUGGGAUUCUCCUUUGAUCCGUGCUGUUUGUGGAGCGACAGCUUCCAGGUACAAUCCCGGCGCCUGUGCGGUCAGAUGGGCGAUUCCAUUGGCAGCGAUAGCUGCCCUAGAUGCGGCCACUUUGGCUGCUCUUGCCUUUAUCUUAGCUUCAAGGCACGUCAGGCUUCAACCGGAACCUUUCAACAAUGGAUCUUUGUACAAAGGCGAAGUUAACCCGGGAUACGUGAACGAGGCGCAGAGCGUUGCUGGUUCGAGAAAGUCUCUGUCGCUUCGACCGGUGCUCCUGGUCGCUCCACCCGAACAGGACCGAUACAGCGAACUUUCAAGGGCGAAAUCGCACUCCCAUCACAGUCUGUACUCUCCUGCUCCGUCUCACCCCGUUCACACGAUGUCCACCAACACCCUCAGCCACUCUCAGCACAAUUUUCAGCUCUAGGCUUCAGCGUUGAAUUGUUGUUCAAGGGCCACGUUAUUUACAAUCUCCCGAUGUAUUAUAAGUUACUUUUUGAAUUGCAGGUUUCAGAUUUUGUGAGACUGCACUGCGAACGCAGUCGCACACGCCGAGGUAGUUGUUGAUUUUUUAUUACCAGGAGGAAUUGUGAUUUCUGGAUUAAAUUUCAGUGUGUAUUUCGGCGUGCGGAAGAUUCGGACGGUUGAUAUACUUACGUGUACGAUGGAUGAUUUAUUUUUCUAAAGUGCUAAUAAAUUAUAGAUGUAUAGAUGGAUAGUUAAACAUUUAGUAGUAGACAGGGGAGCAAUUAUGUGACUUGUCAUGAUAUGCGUGUUCUUCAAACGGAUCUGCGGCAUUUUUGGAUUUCAUCCAUAAAGAUCGAUAGGUAUAUAACUCAAACGACUUAUUACGAAGACUAAUAUUUCGAAUGAUGACUGUACUAAUUAUGUAUUGCGUAGUUUGCAGAAACUGAUUUUUCUAAUGAUUGAAGCGUUAUUAAUUUUUAACCGAAUCGCGAUUAUCGCGAUGAUUUUGCUCUUGUUCGGCUCUGCCGAUGGUGACCAUUUUUCGUCACCGCUUCGAACAACUUGCAUCGUUCCCGCUGAAAAGUCCCGAACGGCCGAUCGAUUAUAGCUUUAUGGACAUUAUGAAUCACAUGUGCAUCCAAAUCAUGUACUUGUAAUAUUAUAUACCCAUGUUAUUCCUAUUAUACAAAUAUUAUGUCGAGUGCUUACGCAUGAGCGCGUAAAUAUUUAAAAUUGGCGUUAAGUUUUAUGUAUGGAAAAUAGAAAAUAUAUGUACACCAUAAUUUGAUAGAAAA